AUGGAUAGUACUAGUUUAUCAACUGAUGUCUCUCACGGUAAAUCUGAGGAGAUGCAUCUUGAAAUUUUCUGUCUACUCUGGCUCGAUGCUAGUUCAAGUACUAAAGAAGGUCGUGAUACUGAACCAAAAUUACGUGCUAUCAUUAAUCAUCUUAAGAAAUUUCAUGAUACAGCCCAAUGUCAAAAAUAUAUUCAUGAACGAUCAACAAAAGAACGAGUAGUUAUGAUUGUUAGUGGAAGAUUAGGACGAGAAAUAGUUCCUUCUAUUCAUCAUCUUAGACAAGUUAUAUCGAUUUAUGUAUAUUGUAUGGAUAAGGAAGGGAACGAAAAAUGGGCUCGAAACUAUAAAAAAAUAAAAGCUGUUGUAACUGAUCUUGAUGAACUUGUUUCUCGAAUUAAAGCUGAUCAUAAAAUUCAAAAGAUGGUUGAAGAACCAUUAUCAAUUAAUAUUUUUACUAAAGGUGGUGGUGCAGGUAGUUCGACAACAGGAUUAAAUGGUGAAUUUGUUUUUUCACAAAUUCUCAUUGAUUUUCUUAUCCAACUGCAAUAUACCGAAGAUGAUAAACAAGAACUUAUUGAUCUUUGUAAAAAACAAUAUAAAGGUAAUAGCGACGAAUUGAGUAAUAUUCGUGAAUUUCAAGAAGAAUAUUCAUCUAACAAAGUUGUAUGGUGGUAUACACGAGAAUCGUUUCUUUACAAGACUCUUAAUGCUGCUCUUCGUACCCCAGCAGAUAUUCAUACAAUAUUUUUAUUUCGUAAAUAUAUCGCUGAUAUUCAACAUCAAUUAAAGUGGCAUCAAGCUAGAAAACGUCUUCGAGUUUAUCGAAGUCAAAUGAUAUCAAAUAAUGAACUGGAAACUUUGAAACAAAAUCGUGGUAAAUUCAUUUCUGUUAAUUCAUUUUUUUCUACCAGUUUUAAUAAACAGCAAGCUCUAUCAUUUCUGAACGAUUCUAAUAAUACAGAAAAUUUAGAAGCAAUAUUAUUUCAAAUCGAUGCUGAUCCCAAGAUGGCAAUUACGAAACCAUUUGCUGAUAUCACUGAAUUUAGUGAAUUUAAAGACGAGGCAGAAGUGCUUUUCAUGUUGGGUUCCAUUUUUCGACUGGAUAGUGUCAAGCAUAGCAGAAAUGAUCAAGUAUGGAUCAUUGAAAUGACAUUGUGCAAUGAUGAAGAAAAUGACUUGAAACAAAUUCUCAUAGACAUGAAAGAGGAAUUUAUGAGUGAAGGAAUAAAUCUCCAAACAUUAGCAAAAAUAUUAUGGGGAAUGAGCCAAAUUGAUUUAGCUAAAAAAUACUUUAUGCGUUUGUUAGAACAACUUCCAAUUAACAACCCUUUCCGUAUUGAUUUGUAUCAAGACCUGAGCAGACUUGAAGCACAUGCUGGUCAUCUUGACAAUAGUAUCGAAUGGCGCCGAAAAGCAAAUGAACUGAAAAAAAAGCUUCAAUCUACUUCUUACAGCAUUAGUAAACCAAAGAAUCCUUUUAAGCCAAAACUUAACAAAUGGAAACGAAAUGCCAUCACUGUGGCUGGCAGAAAUGGAUGGGGACAAGGAAUAAAUCAACUCUAUCACCCUCUUGAAAUCUUUAUUGAUGGAAGGAAAAAUAUUUUCAUUGCUGAUUUCUCCAAUAAUCGUAUUGUUGAAUGGAAAUAUAAUGCGAAAGAAGGACAAAUCAUUGCAGGUGGAAAUGGAUAUGGAAAUCGAAUGGAUCAAUUGAAUAAUCCAACAGAUGUGAUUGUUGAUCAACAAAACCAUUCGAUCGUCAUUGCUGAUUGUGGAAACAGACGAGUGAUUCGAUGGUUGAAUCAAAAUCAACAAAUUCUUAUUCACAAUAUUGAUUGUUGUGGCCUGGCAAUGGAUAAACAUGGAUUUCUUUAUAUUUCUGAUUCAAAGAAGAAUGAAGUGAGACGAUGGAAAAUGGGAGAAUAUAACAACGAAGGAGUUGUAGUGACAGGUGGAAAUGGACAAGGAAAUCGACUUAAUCAACUCAAUUGGCCUACUUAUAUCUUUGUUGAUGAAGAACAAUCUGUUUAUGUAUCAGAUCAAAAUAAUCAUCGUGUGAUGAAAUGGAGAAAAGAUGCAAAAGAAGGAAGAAUUGUGGCCGGAGGAAAUGGUCGAGGAGAAAAGCUCAAUCAAUUAUCUUUACCUGAAGGAGUAAUUGUUGAUGAUUUGGGUCAUAUCUAUGUGGCAGAUUGUUAUAAUCAUCGAGUAAUGCGUUGGUGCGAAGGAAAAGAAGAAGGUGAAAUUGUUGUUGGUGGAAAUGGUGGAGGAAAUCAAUCAAAUCAAUUGAAUUAUCCCCGUGGUUUAUCUUUUGAUGAUGAAGGAAAUCUUUAUGUUGCUGAUACGAUAAAUCAUCGAAUUGAAAAAUUUGAAAUAAUAUUGUGA